CCAGCAGUGCCACCCGCAAGCUCCGCCCACCUGUGCCCAGCAGUAUCACCCACCUGUGCCCAGCAGUGCACCCACCUGUGCCACUCUGCAGUGUCACACACCUGUGUCCAGAAGUGCCACCCACCUGUGCCCAGCAGUGCCACCCACCUGUGCCCACCCACCUGUGCCCACCCACCAGUGCCACCCACCAGUGCUGCCAGUCAGUGCCACCAGUCAGUGCCCAGGGGUUGUGCCAGUCAGUGCCGCCAGUCAGUGCCCAGCAGUGAUGCCAGUCAGUGCCGUCUAUCAGUACCCAUCAUCAGUGCCGCCUAUCAGUGCUGCAUAUUAGUG